CCCCUCACCCAUGAGUUGGUAACCUUAGUGAUCACUUGCUUGUGUAAGAUCUUCUUCCUUCACACCUCCACACAAGCCAGUACACAACUUUGUAUGUUCAAAUGAAAUCCCACUGAAUCACAGACUAAAUAAACAUCCCCUCUGUUUAGCAGGCUGUUCCCCCAUAAUUUUUCUCUAUGUAAAGGCAGGAAUAGCUUAUAGGAAAUUAUCCUCAGUAAAUGACAGUGCUUCCAACCCGAAUAAGUGGGGAGAGACUAGCGUUACUCACCUUGACCACCACAUUCCAGCUCCGUCUGGGGCCCAGCGGAGCAGCAGGAGGCAGGCGAGACCGGAGCCAGUAACACUUGAGGAAGGAUGGCUGAACAGCGCCAGGACUUGGAGCUGCUGGAAGACCGUGCCGCGAGCCAGAAGAGCCUCUUGGGGGAGUCCCACCCAUCCGGAGAUAGGAAGGACCUGCAGACUGGCUACACCCUGCUUCAGGAUGGUGAGCAGGCCGCAGGCCUUCGGUUGCCCACACAGCUGCCCCACUCAGCGGGAGUACCAGGCUUGAAAGGGUUUGCCCAUCAGAGCCCUACCGAGGAUGGAUCAGAUGAGCCGGGCUCUGAGGCCUCUGAGGCUAAGAGCACGCCAACUACAGAAGAUGCCACUGCACCCCUGGUGGACGAGAGAGAGCAUGGUGAUCUGGCAGCCACCCCGCAGCAUGGGGACAUCCCGGAAGGAACCACAGCUGAGGAAGCAGGUGUUGGAGACACUCCCAGCCGGGAAGACCAAGCUGCAGGAGAUGUGGUCCAAGCUCGUGUGGCCAGCAGAGGAAAAGAUGUGCCUGGAACUGAUGAGAAGAAGUCCAAGGGAGUGGAGAGCAAGAGUGGAACCAAGAUGCCUCGAGGGGCCGCGGGGUCUUCGGCGCCCAGAGGAUCAGCCAACGCCUCCAGAAUCCCGGCCAAAACAACUUCCACCCCAAAGACUCCUCCCAGUGCAGGAGAAUCCGCUCGGUCUGGAGACAGGAGUGGAUACAGCAGCCCCGGUUCCCCAGACAGCCGCCCACGCACACCCUCCCUGCCCACGCCGACCAACAGGGAGCCAAAGAAGGUGGCCGUGGUCCGCACCCCGCCCAAGUCUCCCGCAUCCGUCAAGAGCCGCCUGCAGACUUCCAGCGCCCCCAUGCCGGACCUGAAAAACGUGAGGUCCAAGAUCGGGUCCACUGAGAACCUGAAGCACCAGCCCGGAGGUGGAAAGGUUCAAAUCGUGUACAAGCCAGUCGACUUGAGCCGUGUGACUUCCAAAUGCGGCUCCUUGGGCAACAUUCAUCACAAACCAGGUGGGGGCCAGGUGGAAGUGAAGUCUGAGAAGCUGGACUUUAAGGAGAAGGUUCAGUCGAAGAUUGGGUCCCUGGACAACAUCACCCACAUCCCUGGCGGAGGAAACAAAAAGAUCGAGUCUCACAAACUGACCUUCCGCGAAAACGCCAAAGCCAAGACGGACCACGGAGCGGAGAUCAUCUACAAGUCUCCCACCGUGUCCGGGGACUCCUCCCCGCAGCGCCUGAGCAACGUCUCGUCGACCGGCAGCGUCAACCUGGUGGACUCGCCGCAGCUGGCCACGCUGGCCGAUGAGGUCUCCGCGUCCCUAGCCAAGCAGGGUUUGUGAUCUCGCUUUGUGGCCAGCGGUCCGAUCAUGGAGAGAGAGAGAGGGAGAGAGAGAGAAGAGAGAAAUUAAAGAACUAACCCUG